GCCCACCCCCACGACGGCCCGCCGGGCGCCGACGGGGCGGGAUGACAACAUGCGGCGGGCCGAUGUGGUAGAGAGAGAGAGAGAGAGGCAACAAUCAUGCGUGCGCCUAAAGCGUAAACUCCGCCCGCCUCUGGUCAAUACGAUACUACGAGGGUCCCGGGGGAAGAGAGGAAGACGACUGGAUUGAGCGGAGCGGAGCGGCGGCCGGCGCUCCUCGAGACCUGUAGUCGUUAAUCGAUCUCAGGAAAUGGAGCCGUACAUCGUCGCCCCCUACCUUCGGGAUUACCUACACCGAUUCGCAGCUUCGGUGUCCGCGGCGAGCUGCGACUAUGGGGAGGCGGGUGUCGGCGAUGACUGCCGCGACGAGGCGGCAGCGCUCAGGCUCAAGGUAGUCGCCGUGGCGGCCAUCCUUGUCGCGGGAGCAGCCGGCGUCGCCAUCCCGCUCGUCGGCCGGAGGUGGCGCGGCGGGGUUGCAGCCGGUGGGGGCCGGUCGACGUUCGUGCUCGCCAAGGCCUUCGCGGCGGGGGUGAUCCUGGCCACGGGGCUCGUGCACAUGAUGCACGACGCCGAGGAGAAGUUCCAGGACCCUUGCCUCCAGGACUCGCUGUGGCGGCGGUUCCCCUUCGCGGGCUCCAUCGCCAUGCUCGCCAGCCUCGUGACACUCGUCGUCGACUUCCUCGGCACCCAGUUUUACGAGCACAAGCAGCGCGAGGCGGCCGCCGCCGCCGCCGCAACGAGCGCCCAUGAUGAGACGGCGGCGGCGCUGCUGGAGGACGGGAGGAAUGCAGGGAGCGAGAAGCGUGAAGGACCGAUGCACGACGGCCACGGCCACGGCCAUGGCCAUGGUCACGGGAACGAGGCAGAGGCUGGCCCGUCCCAAGCUCGGCAGGUGGUCGUUUCCCAGAUUCUAGAGUUGGGGAUUGUAUCACACUCGGUGAUCAUCGGGCUAUCGCUGGGUGUUUCGCAGAGCCCAUGCACUAUCAAGCCUUUGGUUGCUGCCCUCUCCUUCCACCAGUUCUUCGAGGGUUUCGCGCUAGGCGACUGCAUUUCCCAGGCCCGUCUGAAGGAUCUAUCUACGCUCUUGAUGGCAUUAUUCUUUGCCAUCACUACACCCACGGGGAUCGCGGUGGGGGCGGCCAUGGCUUCAUUCUAUGACCCAUACAGCCCCAGGGCAUUGGUGGUGGAGGGUGUUCUUGAUUCCAUGUCGGCUGGUAUACUGAUCUAUAUGGCACUUGUGGAUCUCAUCGCGGCUGAUUUCCUUGGCCAGAGGAUGAGCAGCAGCCCGGCCAGGCUGCAGGCUGGCGCAUACGUUGCCUUGUUUCUUGGGGCCAUAGCCAUGGCAUCCCUUGCCAUCUGGACUUAGUUGAAAUGAAUAAAAAUGAAACCACAUUUUCACAAAGAUAGUAAAAAUAAGAUGAUGAUUUGGAGAAGCUGGACGCACGCAUGGAGUUUGAUGCACAUAGAAUCGUUGUUACCCCUUGCUCCUCUAUAGUCCCUGAAGAAGAGGGGAAGCUGCUUUUAUCGUUGGUUCUAUUGUUUCCUAUUAUUGACAUGGUAGCGGUGGGAUGUAAAGGUGCCUUCGUUGGUAAUGAACAACAAAAUCCCUCUUCAUUAUAUAUAUAUAUGUACUAUGAUGGAUGAAGAUCCAAGAGAUGAAAUAAUUCGGAAGCGAAUGAGCUCGAGGAACUUAAUUGGUUUUGUCGAUACAAUGCCGUCUCUCAUAUUUUAAAUUAUUAGGUUCUCAUAUUUUAAUGCUUA